AAAGAAGUAGACAUAGGAGACUCCAUUUUGUUCUGUACUAAGAAAAAUUCCUCUGCCUUGAGAUUCUGUUAAUCUAUAACCUUACCCCCAACCCCCUGCUCUCUGAAACAUGUGCUGUGUCAACUCAGAGUUAAAUGGAUUAAGGGCGGUGCAAGAUGUGCUUUGUUAAACAGAUGCUUGAAGGCAGCAUGCUCCUUAAGAGUCAUCACCACUCCCUAAUCUCAAGUACCCAGGGACACAAAAACUGCGGAAGGCCGCAGGGACCUCUGCCUAGGAAAGCCAGGUAUUGUCCAAGGUUUCUCCCCAUGUGAUAGUCUGAAAUAUGGCCUCGUGGGAAGGGAAAGACCUGACCGUCCCCCAGCCCGACACCCGUAAAGGGUCUGUGCUGAGGAGGAUUAGUAUAAGAGGAAGGCAUGCCUCUUGCAGUUGAGACAAGAGGAAGGCAUCUGUCUCCUGCCUGUCCCUGGGCAAUGGAAUGUCUCGGUAUAAAACCCGAUUGUAUGCUCCAUCUACUGAGAUAGGGAAAAACCGCCUUAGGGCUGGAGGUGGGACCUGCGGGCAGCAAUACUGCUUUGUAAAGCAUUGAGAUGUUUAUGUGUAUGCAUAUCUAAAAGCACAGCACUUAAUCCUUUACAUUGUCUAUGAUGCAAAGACCUUUGUUCACGUGUUUGUCUGCUGACCCUCUCCCCACUAUUGUCUUGUGACCCUGACACAACCCCCUUUUCUUUAAGCACCCACGAAUGAUCAAUAAAUACUAAGGGAACUCAGAGGCUGGCGGGAUCCUCCAUAUGCUGAACGCUGGUCCCCCGGGUCCCCUUAUUUCUUUCUCUAUACUUUGUCUCUGUGUCUUUUUCUUUCCUAAGUCUCUCGUUCCACCUUACGAGAAAGACCCACAGGUGUGUAGGGGCAACCCACCCCUACAUCUGGUGCCCAACGUGGAGGCUUUUCUCUAGGGUGAAGGUACGCUCGAGCGUGGUCAUUGAGGACAAGUCGACGAGAGAUCCCGAGUACAUCUACAGUCAGCCGUACGACAUUUGAAGUUCUACAAUGAACCCAUCAGAGAUGCAAAGAAAAGCGCCUCCACGGAGAUGGUAACACCAGUCACAUGGAUGGAUAAUCCUAUAGAAGUAUAUGUUAAUGAUAGUGUAUGGGUACCUGGCCCCACAGAUGAUCGCUGCCCUGCCAAACCUGAGGAAGAAGGGAUGAUGAUAAAUAUUUCCAUUGGAUAUCGUUAUCCUCCUAUUUGCCUAGGGAGAGCACCAGGAUGUUUAAUGCCUGCAGUCCAAAAUUGGUUGGUAGAAGUACCUACUGUCAGUCCCAUCAGUAGAUUCACUUAUCACAUGGUAAGCGGGAUGUCACUCAGGCCACGGGUAAAUUAUUUACAAGACUUUUCUUAUCAAAGAUCAUUAAAAUUUAGACCUAAAGGGAAACCUUGCCCCAAGGAAAUUCCCAAAGAAUCAAAAAAUACAGAAGUUUUAGUUUGGGAAGAAUGUGUGGCCAAUAGUGCGGUGAUAUUACAAAACAAUGAAUUCGGAACUAUUAUAGAUUGGGCACCUCGAGGUCAAUUCUACCACAAUUGCUCAGGACAAACUCAGUCAUGCCCAAGUACACAAGUGAGUCCAGCUGUUGAUAGUGACUUAACAGAAAGUUUAGACAAACAUAAGUAUAAAAAAUUACAGUCCUUCUACCCUUGGGAAUGGGGAGAAAAAGGAAUCUCUACCCCAAGACCAAAAAUAAUAAGUCCUGUUUCUGGUCCUGAACAUCCAGAAUUAUGGAGGCUUACUGUGGCCUCACACCACAUUAGAAUUUGGUCUGAAAAUCAAACUUUAGAAACAAGAGAUUGUAAGCCAUUUUAUACUAUCGACCUAAAUUCCAGUCUAACAGUUCCUUUACAAAGUUGCGUAAAGCCCCCUUAUAUGCUAGUUGUAGGAAAUAUAGUUAUUAAACCAGACUCCCAGACUAUAACCUGUGAAAAUUGUAGAUUGUUUACUUGCAUUGAUUCAACUUUUAAUUGGCAACACCGUAUUCUGCUGGUGAGAGCAAGAGAGGGCGUGUGGAUCCCUGUGUCCAUGGACCGACCUUGGGAGGCCUCGCCAUCCGUCCAUAUUUUGACUGAAGUAUUAAAAGGUGUUUUAAAUAGAUCCAAAAGAUUCAUUUUUACUUUAAUUGCAGUGAUUAUGGGAUUAAUUGCAGUCACAGCUACGGCUGCUGUAGCAGGAGUUGUAUUGCACUCUUCUGUUCAGUCGGUAAACUUUGUUAAUGAUUGGCAAAAAAAUUCUACAAGAUUGUGGAAUUCGCAAUCUAGUAUUGAUAAAAAAUUGGCAAAUCAAAUUAAUGAUCUUAGACAAACUGUCAUUUGGAUGGGAGACAGACUCAUGAGCUUAGAACAUCGUUUCCAGUUACAGUGUGACUGGAAUACGUCAGACUUUUGCAUUACACCCCAAAUUUAUAAUGAGUCUGAGCAUCACUGGGACAUGGUUAGACGCCAUCUACAGGGAAGAGAAGAUAAUCUCACUUUAGACAUUUCCAAAUUAAAAGAACAAAUUUUCGAAGCAUCAAAAGCCCAUUUAAAUCUGGUGCCAGGAACUGAGGCAAUUGCAGGAGUUGCUGAUGGCCUCGCAAAUCUUAACCCUGUCACUUGGGUUAAGACCAUCGGAAGUACUACGAUUAUAAAUCUCAUAUUAAUCCUUGUGUGCCUGUUUUGUCUGUUGUUAGUCUGCAGGUGUACCCAACAGCUCCAAAGAGACAGCGACCAUCGAGAACGGGCCAUGAUGACGAUGGCGGUUUUGUCGAAAAGAAAAGGGGGAAAUGUGGGGAAAAGCAAGAGAGAUCAGAUUGUUGCUGUGUCUGUAUAGAAAGAAGUAGACAUAGGAGACUCCAUUUUGUUCUGUACUAAGAAAAAUUCCUCUGCCUUGAGAUUCUGUUAAUCUAUAACCUUACCCCCAACCCCCUGCUCUCUGAAACAUGUGCUGUGUCAACUCAGAGUUAAAUGGAUUAAGGGCGGUGCAAGAUGUGCUUUGUUAAACAGAUGCUUGAAGGCAGCAUGCUCCUUAAGAGUCAUCACCACUCCCUAAUCUCAAGUACCCAGGGACACAAAAACUGCGGAAGGCCGCAGGGACCUCUGCCUAGGAAAGCCAGGUAUUGUCCAAGGUUUCUCCCCAUGUGAUAGUCUGAAAUAUGGCCUCGUGGGAAGGGAAAGACCUGACCGUCCCCCAGCCCGACACCCGUAAAGGGUCUGUGCUGAGGAGGAUUAGUAUAAGAGGAAGGCAUGCCUCUUGCAGUUGAGACAAGAGGAAGGCAUCUGUCUCCUGCCUGUCCCUGGGCAAUGGAAUGUCUCGGUAUAAAACCCGAUUGUAUGCUCCAUCUACUGAGAUAGGGAAAAACCGCCUUAGGGCUGGAGGUGGGACCUGCGGGCAGCAAUACUGCUUUGUAAAGCAUUGAGAUGUUUAUGUGUAUGCAUAUCUAAAAGCACAGCACUUAAUCCUUUACAUUGUCUAUGAUGCAAAGACCUUUGUUCACGUGUUUGUCUGCUGACCCUCUCCCCACUAUUGUCUUGUGACCCUGACACAACCCCCUUUUCUUUAAGCACCCACGAAUGAUCAAUAAAUACUAAGGGAACUCAGAGGCUGGCGGGAUCCUCCAUAUGCUGAACGCUGGUCCCCCGGGUCCCCUUAUUUCUUUCUCUAUA